AUGGGCAACUUCUUCUAUGUCAACUUCAUGAUAAGUGAAUUUUCCUACCUGAAUAUCUCCAGUAUUGGGCGGAAUCUUAUUAAAGACGAAAACGAUUGUGGCUACGCCUGUCUAGAAAUUCCUUCGUGUUUUUCCUACAACGUGGCUGCCUUUCCUGAUGUCAACGGUAAACUUCUUUGCGAACUCCUGCCCUCGGACAAGUUUAACAACUCGGACAAGUUCAACGCCAGCAAAGAGUUUCAUCACUUUUAUAUUCCGGUAAGUCAAACUUCUAAUUAAUCAUAAAUGUUCCUUCCGGGGAAAAUAGAAAGCUUCUUCUUGUUUGUUUUGUGUGUUUAGUUUCUUUCGACUCUCCCUAGUUUCGAAAGUUAUGUAUCUCUUCGAUUGGAAAAUCUUGAAUGCAGCAAAGGAUUAGAUUGUGCUUUUAAUGCAAAGACAUUGACUAAUGAGUUUGGGUGAGCCUUACCCUUUAGACUCUUAAUUGAACCGUCUGCUGACACCCAAACAUACUUGAUGAAAUCGAUAUAUUUAUCUUCGAAUGCCCUAAACGUUAACGAGGGAGGAGUUGUAGGCAGAGGUCUCGACUGUUUUAUUUGCUGACAAAAAGCGUUUAGUUCGCAAAGCACAUUUUUUUACCAUGAAGUUUCCUCAUUUAUUUGUUUGCCUAUAUUUGACCUGCCUUAAAAGUUACAGAAACGUUUUAAAACUCUUAGUGUAGGCUGAUCUGCUGCCGGUUAAAUAGAUCGACUAUAUCAGGACAACGUCUUGAAAUGCAAAUUUCUGGGUAAAUGAGACAGCGUUGACUUUCAAAACCUCACUAAAAACUCAACUAAGCAAAUCCAGCGGGGAGUGCAAAAGAUAAAAAUAUAUAUUACUUGCCGUCCUUAAUUAUAUCCAUGUCAUUUAAGCAUCGACAUGAAUGUCAAAUUCGUUGCUUCUUGAAUUCAUGAAACAAAGCAAAAGGGAAACGAAGAAAAUUCAAUCCCAACGUUUCCUUACUGAAAGUUAACUGAGGCACCGAAAGUUUCUCAUUUUCUAGUGCUUUUCUUGUUCUGUUUGGACAUUACUAUGGCAACACAAAACACCUAACCUGUUCACCUAUGGGAACAUUCAAUCGAGGGAAUUCGUAUCCAUUAAACGUUCCAGGCAAUAAAGGAAUUUAAACGAGUUAACUGCCUUGUUGAAACAAUUUUAAUUGUACCUAGUUCUUCUUCCUUUUUCACAUAAGAGAAGCACGUUGCCCCUAUAAUGUUUGCCUGAUUUAAUGGGAUAUUGCCAUAGCAACGCACAUUUAAAGAUAAAAUAAUGAACUGUUCGCGAUCGUGUUUCGUUAUCAUAAAAAACCGCUUUUGUUAUUGCGUCACAAGAAAUACAUGUUACUAGCGGUAGAAGUGCUAUACUAUGAAAAACCAAGCAUCAAAUUUUCUAAAAAUCGGAGACAAUAAUUAAGGGACUUAUCAAAGUCUGCUUUACAUUUUUUAGAGCUGCGCAAAAUUCCCGUUACUUGAUCUCAUUAUUAUUAUUAUUAUUAUUAUUAUUAUUAUUAUUAUUAUUGUUAUUAUUAUUGUUGUUAUUAUUAUUAUUUAAGUGUUGGAUUUCUUUAUUAGGUCUUGGAAAGUCCUUGAUAUUCACAACCUUAUCUACACCAGAUACCAUUUUCAUGUAAAAUUAUAUUAUUUUGCCUAAAAUAUUUGACUCAUCCUCGAUGUAAGAACCUGUGAAACUCACGAAUAACGUAACAACAUUUUUGUGUAUGAACAAUAUUUUAUUUCUGUUUCUUUAUUUCAAAUGCUAUUUGAGAACCUAAGAUGCAAUUGCAAGUCAUACCUAGUCAGUUUGCAAAGUCUUAUUGCGGAAAGUAGACGUAUAAAAUAAUGUGAUCAACAAUGGCCGAAGAAGCGGUAAAAAUCACAAAAAACUCCUUGACGUGUUUUAGCAACUGUACGGUGAUGAAAGUGGGUUAAAGAAUACCGAUUUAUUUGAUAAAUCUUAGUCUUUGAAAAUUAUAAUUUGUCCUUGAAAAAUCCUUGAAAAGUCCUUGAAAUGUUUUUGUCUGAAGUUGUAUGAACCACGGUUAUAGAAUUCGGCUAGAUUCCUGCUUGGCCUUCUUGUAUAUAUCUUGAUUCACGGCAACGCUAAACGCGACCGGUUGCUCUUCCAGCAGCUUGUUCUCAACGGACGUAGGGAGGCAACAGGACGAGUUAGAUUCUGUGAAUGCCAUGUUUUUGAACUGUUUGUGUUCGAGCAUAUUUUUGGAAACUUAAUAUCAGAGUUUACUUUCCCUUUUUAAUGACGGACUGCUUACAACGGAGUAGUAUACCAAUGAUACUUGGUUCUGUUUUUCUCGACGUCGCAGUGAUUCGGCACGAUCGAACAAUUUUGCGCGAUCAGUGUGGGUUUCCCUAUUUAAAAAAAAGAUCAAAACAAAGACAUCAACAACAGCGUCUCUUUUGUUCUGUCAGCAUCUAAAUUAUAAAAUCAGUAAAGAAAGACAAGUCUAACUGUUAAAGAUUUGAAACAGUCUUGGCCCCUUUGUACAAAAGUUGGAUAGCGCUAUUCACCGGAUAAAUCAGAGGCACCCAACGAGAAUAUAGUUCAAAACCACUUAAACAUAGCAUUGUGAAACGUAUUUUAGUAUUUAAACGGUAGAUAUAGGUGUAUUCUUAUCCCCUAAAAAUUUUCCAUCUGUUCGGAUUUCCUAGCUGAAAGUCUAGUGAUCCGAAAAUUAUAGGGAUGAAAACCUACUUUUUCGAAAAUUUCAGCCAGAAAAAAGGCUCCCGAAAAUUCUAGGUGACCUUUUCAUUGUAAAAAUCCGUUUAAAAUGGGCAAUGACUAUAUAAUUACUUAAUUAUUUAGAUGUUCGAAAAUCCUAGGAUAGGCAGGCAAGCAAGAAAAUUUACAACAAUGUUCCGAAAAUUCUAGAUCUCAAAUCGUCUUCCGAACAUAUAUUUUCCGAAAAUUGACGUUGGGUGCGUCGCACGCCAAAAUUGUAAUCGUUGGCAACAGUAAAUGAGUUAAAAAUCAUCAUUUUUGUGCUCAAUUAUCUCACUGUUUUAGUAUAUACUAAAACAAUUAUUUACCUCAGCGUCGGUGGCUAGUACUGGAUAUUUACCUCGCCGCUUCGCGCCCUCGAUAAAUACCCACUACUACUAGCCACCUCCUCUCCGGUGAUUAAUUGUUAUGUAUUUUAAUUAUACUUAGUACUUAUACUGUAUAUCUGGCUUGCUUCCCUUUGUGUAGUCUCCAUGUGACAGCUCGCCUUGUAAGAACACUGGCAAAUGCAUUCCCUUGUACCAGAAAAAUGGAUAUAAGUGUACCUGCAUGAAAGGAUUCACGGGACGAAACUGCGAAACAAGUAAGCGAUACUAGGCUGAAACAAAUACCAAGUUAUGUUAACUUUUUGUUUUCUCCAAACUGUCUCUCUCUUGAAAGUUAAAUCACAGGAGGCACAUUAUUAGAGAACUUUGCUAGUGGAGGAAGCCCUGAGUACUGCUACAUGUUGCAGUCCUAUUUUAAUUUUUGCUGAAGUCUUAUGUAACCUUUGACUCUCUUCUACAGAUAUAAAUGACUGUGUCAAUAUCACUUGUUUGAACAACGGAACUUGCAUCGACCUAAUUGAUGGCUUCAACUGCAGUUGCCCUCCAGGAUUUGCUGGGAGCCGAUGCGAAAUUGGUUAGAUUCUUUUUAUUGCAUUGAAUUUUUCGCCCAUACGCAACAUGUUAUACCGUCUAUACCGUGUAGCAAGAAAUUUUUGAGGGACUUUUAUUUUGAGGAUUGGCGAUUUUUUGAGGUUUGCGGGAACAAAUUUUUGUGGCUCCAACUGACUGAAAUUUCCGCUGGGAUGGAACUAAUUUUUGCCGGCGGUUUUCUUUUCGAGCAGCAAAACAACAACAAAGGAUCGAGAAAGUGUAAUAUUUUCAACUUUUAUUACUUUUUUUUUAGAUAAAACAACAGUCUAUACUUCUCAGACAUUUCAGUCAACGACAAGCCGGUCGGUUACAACAAAACAUGUCCAGCAGUCAAGCUGUAUAAGGCCGAUUUUGAAGCGCAUGAUAAAAUACAAAAAUACAACGAAUCUAAACUCAGUCAAUCAACACCUGUUGUGCAAGCAACCACAGAAGCAUAUCUCGAGCUACCGGUAGAGCAUCGUUGUUCUUCAGUGUAUCUUUCUUGUGCCUUAGACACUGAAAAAGUAUUGACUUAAACUUUUAUCGUUUUAUCGUUUCGUUUUAUUUGUAUAACAAGCAAGGUCCGAUUGCUUUUUCUCAUCAGGGCAAAGAGAUGUUAUACCGGUCAGAUUGAGCUGAAAAAUCGUACAAAGACGCAAACAAACACUAGGGCUCUGUUUUUUGAAGAUCGCUAUUAUUGCUUGAACCCGGUGUUGAUAAGUUUUCACUUGGAUUUCUUUUUCUUUUGCACGGAAGCAUUUUCUCGGGUAAUUUUCCAUAUUCUUCAGUUUAGUUUAGAAACAUUCAAUCACCUCAUUGUAGGGUUACCUCAACUCACAAUCUUGGGCAAAAAUGUUCGGACAAAUGGACGUUACCGUGUCUAGUUUCAGGAUAAAGCUCUUGAAAGCACCGACAACUACCCCCCCAAAAAAAAAACAUGUUGAAGCCCGGCUGGAUCAUUUCUGACCCCGACUAAACAACUGAGACCAGGGUGGCGCAAGAAGAGGGGCCGUGGCGGGAUAGGCGUCCUGUGGGUAAGAGAGUGCAAAAUUGUCAUCCCUUUUUGUCCAAGAUUGCAGCUUUGAACAACCUGGAUCUGUAGGUGACAAUUUUGCAAGCUGUUUGUGCUUUGUUCAGGACUUUACUUGUGCAUUUGCUUCGAUUUAUUUUUUCGCACGGCACGAAACACAUUCCGGGAUAAAGUACGCGUUAUAAUUACGUUUGCGGAAUUGUACCCGUGUAUUCCAAGGUAGUGCUUUCGACGUCUGAUAUAUCUGUGCUGAAUUUUGUGGAACUGAAUAAAGAUGAACAGUUCGCACAAUGGCAAAAGAUUUUGUACCCUAAGCGAUGUUUGUUUCGCUGACAUCUGUGAUCUCGCAGCACCCUUAAUGAUCUAUGAUUACUAGUUUACAAUACAGAAAGAUCAAAUGUAAACGGGAUGAAUCCACUAAAAACAUUCAUUAUUGGUGGAAUACAUCUUUGUUUACAAGAAGGCACUUGACUUUUGCUGUCACACGCAAACAGAUAGCCUGCGAAAACAUCCGUUUCUCCUCGCUCUUCGCCGCUGGGGACGUUUCGCGCGGAUGAACGUCUGCGACUCAGCGACAGAAAUUCCAUACUAUCAAUGUUUACUUAAUAAAUCUGGUAGUCGUGGGGUUCCAAAUGUAGAUUUAUUCAAUUUUAGGUUUCUACUGAUCGAUUUUGGUAAAGUGUUGUGUUCAUCUGCGAACGAGCUCCAGCAAAACUCAAAUGCUUGUUGUAGAGAAGACUAUAUUCCACAAAUAUUGACUGUUUUGUUAGAGAUUCAUUGCGUUUACAUUUGACCUUUGUGGCCUUUUGUCUUUUGUCUGUCAUUCGUAAACAAUAGCUAAAACAAUGUAACUACUCCGUCGACCAAUCAGGGUUUCUGACCGGAUUCUGGACAUAUUUUACGUCAUCAGUAUGGAAUUUCUGUUGCUGAGUCGCAGACGUUCCUCCUCGCGAAACGUCCCCAGCGGCGAAGAGGGAGGAGAAACGGAUGUUUUCGCAGGCUAGCAAGCAGAAAAACGGAAAAAUUUACGAUGAUAAACCAGGCCGGACAGACAUGAACUCGAACAAAAUGUCUUCUGGAACCCGGUGACUACCAGCUAGAUUGAUUAUGUAAACAUUGAAUCACGUCAUUAGUGUAGAUUUUUUUGAGCCGAGUCGAGUUAAUGCGAGAAACCUGGACCGAGGACAAAAAAAUUAAUAAUCAAUCAAUCAAUCAAUUUAUUUACGUCAAUACGUGGGAUGGGGUUGCCCCGGUCAUCCGAGCCAGAGGCUCAUGUAUAAAACGCAUGACAAUAAAAAUACUAAGUUAAUAAAGAUGCAAUACAUUUGAAUAAAAAAGCAAUUUAAAAAGAUCAUAAAUGUAUGAAAACAAAUAACAAUAAUAUAUCCGUGAAUGCUCAAAGCUACACCCUCCGGCAUCCCACUGAAUAAAUUAAAAACUAAAAACCGUAAGAAUAAGUCUGAAACCCUUAGGGGAAAAAAAAACAGAUAUAGUAACACCCUAAGUUAUAAAAAAAUUAUAUUUACAACUGGCUCUCAAGAUUGUAAGAUUAAAAGAUCUUAAAUGCUUACGAUAUUCAAUCAACUCAGUCGAUCUCUUAAUGUAAGAAUUGAAGGAAGUUGAUUCCACAAAUGCGAAGCCUUGUAACUGAAAGAAUUAUUAUAAUAUCGAUUAUUGUAGGGUGGUUGAGUGAGAUUGUGAUCGCUGUUCCUUAAAUUGUAGCGCAAUAUGCGAGGUUUGAAUAAGUCAGAAAUAUAGUCAGGCCCAUUUCCUUUUAGCGGGGCUCCCACGCGCGCAUAUCAAAUGUAUGCAAAAAGAUCAAUAAUCAAUUUAAUGUUAUGUUGCGCUUUAGAAAACUCAUACGCAAGGAAAUCUUAUUCAAACUUUACAAAGCGUAUAUUUUACCUCACUUUUAUUAUUGCUCCUCUGUCUGGCACUUUUGUGGAGCGCGCGAUGCGGAUAAGCUUGAAGCUUUAAAUAAAAGAAUACUUAGAUUUAUACUUGGAGAUUACUCGUCUCCAUACAGCACUCUUCUCUCAAAAGUCACGGCUCUACUUCUUUGUUUAACAAACGCAUUCAAAAUUUCCUCAUUCUGUUAUAUAAGAGUUUGUUUUUCACUCAUUUUCCUACUUAUAUGAAGAAUAUGUUUUCACUCCGGUCCUCUUCCUAUGAUCUUCGUGGCAACUACAUUCUUUCACUAAGUAAACCUAAAACAACUACCUAUGGUCUUAACUCCUUUUUUUACUUUUCAGCUAAGCAGUGGAAUGCACUGCCGGACUUUUUUCGUACCAGUUUUUUUGCAGACUAAAAUACAGGAUGUUACCUUCAUGUAGAUUCUUUUUGCCUGACAUACUUGAACUUAAAAUUGUGAAUUGUAAAUGAUAUUUUCUUUCCUUGCAUUUAAUGUAUAUAUAUAUAUUUUUUCUAUAUAGUUUUUAUGUAGUGUCAGCUCGAUGAUAUUAGCUUGUCAGCUACUCUAAAAUUCGAGUAUAAAUAAAGUUUUAUGUUAUGUUAUGUUUAUGUUAAGCGCGCGUGGGACAGAGCCCCAUACUCAUAGAUUAUGGUCAACCUCUUUUCGUUUGGUUGUCUCGUGAUUGACCGAGCGUACGUACGCGUCUACGGAUUGUACGGGUGGGGUAGGGGAGACUAUCAAAAGGAAGGGAGGGGUGUCUCAGGCGUGUCUUGCCAAGUCCACAUCUUUUACAUUGGACAUUCACAAUUUGGUCAAUUGACAGCUGUCAAAACAGGAUAGCCACUGACUAGUAUCCCAUGACCGUAUCGCGGGCUCAUGUGUCAACUCGAGGUGACGUGAUUUAUCUGAAAGCUGUCCGCUGACCAAUUAAUUAUUUUACUAGAUCGCGAUCAAUGUUCAGUCUCAUACUUUUUAGCUAGUUUGGGAUCGGAGCACAGGAAAACUGAUACACAUAUUGGACAUCAAUGUUGUGAUCAAUUGACAGCUGUCAAAACAAGGUAUCCGCUGACCAGUAUCACUUGACUGUAUCGUGGGCUCAGGUGUCGACCCAUCGAGGUCAAGUAUUUUUAGAAGUUAUCCGCUGACAAGAUACUGGUUUUCAAAUGAUCGCAGGCUCAAGUUUAUUUUUUUUUUUUAAAUUCAAAUGAAAUAUGUCGUGUUUAUGUGCCGCACAAUUAAAAUUUUGAUUUCAAACUGACCUCGGACGCGAAAAUUCAGCCAGCUGCUACAGGCAGGGAAGACAGUUGCUUUUGACUUUUCUCGCCAUGUUUACGCGUUGGUCAAUCAGAGCAUAUAAAUUGGACGUAAAGCGUGGUCAAAAUUUGACAGGUGAGUUCAUGCGGAAAAUUUAUGCAGCAUCUUGAAUCUUGUUUACUUUGACAGCUGAAGCUGACAGAGUUUUGUGUCAACUUGUGAUGUUUUUAACUUUCUUUUUCCACUGGAUGUACAAAAUGAAAUUCAGCUGCUAUCAGGAGUCUUCUGUUAUUCAUGGCUAGUUUGUUUAUUUGGUUUUUGGUUAAGGCAAAGUCGGAAAUCCGAUUUCGCAUGGCAUCGUUUUCGCUUUCACCUUGCUUAAUGCGUAAGAGGGUUGCAAAGUCUGAAGCGAUACUGGCCUUACUUGACACCUUUCAGGAGCUGCAUCUCGAGUGGUAAGCCUAAGUAAUUAUUGUAUUUGAUGUUUGUUUUUAAUUCCUAAUUUAAUGAAGUCGAGCGUAGUUUAUGCGGCUAUUUUGUUUACGCACGUUUAUAAGAUUUGAGACAAUGAUCUGACCGAGUAUCAGGUUUGUUAUAAGCUUACAGAUAUUUAAAAAGCCUUUAGACAUUUUCUCACCGCAAAUAGAAAGAAUACGUUUCAAGGAAUAUUUAGUUAUAAUUCCUGCUGUAAAAGAAAGGUUUGAGCGAUUUCUUUGCCUGGAGUUCGUCUUUGAAAAAAGCAAACACCGGGAAGCCGGCUUAAAACAUAAACUUCAGCUUUAAAGCUCGAAGACUCAGGAUUUUUAGAGACCCUUUAAUACUUGUUUUCCUGAAUGAAAAUUGUCGUCUCUGUGUAUGUUUCACCGAAUUAUAUUUCUUUUAUUGAUUGUUAGUACUGUCUCUUGUAAUUUUAAUCGCUGUGCCGAUUGUUUUCAGUCGUUCAGUGAACAACUCUUCCCGGAGUACUCAAAAUGCCACGCGUUAAACGGUUUUAAAAUAAAAAAUAAACAUAAUAAAUUCUUUAUUAUGUUGGAGCGUAACUGUGUCAAUGUUCAUUCAAACUUCAAACACUCGCCACUGCUAGCACUGCAAAAGUCAGAACCGGCUGCCCGUAUAGAUGAUUUUGAAAAUUUUUUUAACGGUUUACGACUAAAGCGCACGCGUGCUUCGAUCGUCCUGAAUAUUGAAUGCGUUCAUGUUGAAACGCAGACCAUGCAGACUGAGGACUGCAGACUUUGCAUACCGUGCAGACUGUGCAGACUGAGUGUUAUUUUUUACUUGUACCUCAUUUUUCUAGUAAAAUUUUUACUAUAGUUUCCUGCUUCCUCUCAUUAUGUACACUGUGCAUCACCAUCAUAUGUUGCACUGAUGUGUACCUGCCAGGGUCAUGGGUAGGAAAUGAGAAAAUCACGGGCUCAUGAUUACCGGCAGAUGUAAAAGUUUCGCUUGCUUUUAGCUGCGCCGCUAUCACGCAGGAGCGAGCACGAUGGAGGAAGGUAAGCUGUUUCUUUCUGUAACUGUAUUAUAUUGCCACGAUUAUUUAUUUGCUUUUUCAGGUUAAGUGACUUAAAAUAAAACCCUUCUCGGCUUCCUACAACGGCUACGAGAGAGACAUUUCCUCAAUUUCGUUGAUUAGUGAUGAUCGUCUUUGGUUUCACUCUGUAAUUCAAACAGGUGUGUCGUGUCUUUUUCCCGCGAAUUUUAAUUAUGUUAAUGUAUUUUCUUUGUUUUCGAGCACGUGACAUAGUUGUGAUGCAGUCGGUCACAAAAUUUAGAGCCUCAGCGUCGAUGUUUUCGCAUGGAUUCUAUUUUCUUCUUUGUAGCUUGAUAGUUCAGUUUGAUGCGGUUGCACGAACAAGUUUUUUCAAGUAUCGAGUAUCGUCGAUGAAUUUGUAUUUGCUCGUGAAGGAGCGGCGAAAGGAAACGGUGGAUUAAACGGGAUUUACGAACGACGCGUGGACUAGUAAUUUGUGCCAAGUGUGAUCUUCUCGUCGAAGUAUCCCACACAGUGACUUGCCGUCAUUUCCUCUAAUCUUACAGAUACCGAUGUCAUCGUUUUCAGCUCGGGAUAUCAAACCGAGACGUUUGAGAGAUGGGCCUUGCUUUAAAAUGUGUAAAUAAAUCAACGGUAUAUCUACCUAAAAAUAAAUAUUCUGAUUUCCACGUGUUUGGUGGUUCCGUAAGCGUCAGAAUUAAGAGAAGAAGGGCAGCGACUUGAAACUUCUUACAGAUAAUAUUCAAUGAAAAUUAAGACAAAAUAUACCUAAAAUACACGGCGGGGGAUCCAGUUCAAUGCGCAUUAAAACCCCCUCCACAUCUUCGAGUUGUACAAAUAAUACAUUUGUUACUAAUGAACUAUUUAGUUUUAGAGCUGCAUAAACAAGAACCAUGAUACUCGAACAAGAUUGUCGGUUUCAAACCACUUAACCACUUAUUGGCGCAAAUGCAUGGAGCAAAUACAAUUGUCGAUCCCCGAGUGAAAACCCGCCCAGAAGGACACUCUUGAGAAUCGAAUAAAAAAAAUACAUAAACAAAAGUCUUACCCGAAUCUUACGAGCUAACAACGAUGACAUCGGUAUCUGUAAGAUUUGAAGAAAUGACGGUAAGUCACCGGUUUGAAUUACAGAAUGAAAUCAAAGACGAUCAUCUAACAAUCAAGGAAAUUGAGGAAAUGUCUCUCUCGUAACCGUUGUAGGAAGCCGAAAAGGGUUUUAUUUUAAGGUGGCUCGAUACAGUUUUUCAGGGUCAAUACCUCCCAAGUUUGAGCGUAAACUACGUCGCCAUAAACAAAGAUUUGGAAAAAUUGACACCACAGUUGUAUUAGAUAAAGAUGAAAAUUUGUUAUGAUCAGGGUUGCAAUGACAUCGGAGUUGUCAUAGCAACGAAAUGACGCCAUUACCUAUUUUGCUUGCAGCAUGAUUUCUCGGCACUGGGAACUGUUCUUCCAAAAUCGUUUACUGGAACUUUUUCCUACAACAGCCGCCUCGAUGUUCGUGAAGUUUAAGCGAAAUCUGUAAGAGCGUUAUCGAGAUAUUUUGGGAACAAGUUUUUAUGGUUAGAAAUACGGUAAAAAAUGGACAGUCUUGAUGUUCGACUGUUAUCUGUACUAAACGAAGCACUUUUGACAUGCAAUUUCACCUCAUAGUAGUUUCAAUCUUUUCAAAAACGUGUGUGAAAGAUCAUUGAGAUACCUCCAGCCGAUUGCUAGAAAGAAGGAUUUGAUUAGUAUGUAUCAAGGCGCUCUUGUUAGCGGUAAUGUAAACAUUUCGAUCUACUUUAACAAAUUAGGGAAUAAUUUUUAAACCGCUCGAUCAUUUUUUUUUAAGAUUCAAGAGUCUUGAGAUAAACCGUCCUUUUAUAUGACCUCUUAGUUUCAAGGUUAUUGAUAUAUUGUAAGGUAGUAAAAUAAGGGCUUGAAUUCGCUAACAUUUUGUCAGAAAUUUUGUGUUUACAAGUGAGAGCCUCCUAUUAUUCGGCGGUAUUGUCUCAAAGUUUCAUUUUCACGUGAACAGCAGUAACUAACAAUGCAUUUGACAUAUGCAAAAAUACUAGGUAUUGUUGUGCACGAAAAUAUGAAACUUGGAGACAAUAACCCUGAAUAAUGAGAGGCUCUCACUUGUAAACACAAAAUUUCUGACAAAAUAUUAGCGAAUUCAAGCCCUUAUUUUACUGCCUUACAAUAUAUCAAUAAUCUUGAAACUAAGAGGUCAUAUAAAAGGACGGUUAAUCUCAAGAUUCUUAAAUUUUCUAAAAAAUUUAUCGAGCGAUUUAAAAAUUAUUCGCUAAUUUGUUAAAGUAGACCGAAAUGUCUACAUUACCGCUAACAAGAGCGCCUUGAUACAUACUAAUCAAAUCCUUCUUUCUAGCAAUCGGCUGGAGGUAUCUCAAUGAUCUUUCACACACGUUUUUAGAAAGAUUGAAACUACUAUGAGGUGAAAUUGCAUGCCAAAAGCGCUUCGUUUAGUACAGAUAACGGUCGAACAUCAAGACUGUCCAUUUUUUACCGUAUUUCUAACCAUAAAAACUUGUUCCCAAAAUAUCUCGAUAACGCUCUUACAUAUUUCGCUUAAACUUCACGAACAUCGAGGCGGCUGUUGUAGGAAAAAGUUCCAGUAAACGAUUUUGGAAGAACAGUUCCCAGUGCUGAGAAAUCAUGCUGCAAGUAAAAUAGGUAAUGGCGUCAUCUCGUUGCUAUGACAACUCCGAUGUCAUUGCAACCCUGAUCAUAACAAAUUUUCAUCUUUAUCUAAUACAACUGUGGUGUCAAUUUUUCCAAAUCUUUGUUUAUGGCGACGUAGUUUACGCUCAAACUUGGGAGGUAUUGACCUUGAAAAACUAUAUCGAGCCACCUUAAGUCACUUAACCUGAAAAAGCUUCUUCUUCUAAAAAAAUUUAAAUAAUCGUGGCAAUAUAAUACAGUUACAGAAAGAAACAGCUUACCUUCCUCCUUCGUGCUCGCUCCUUCGGGAAACUAUAGUAAAAAUUUUACUAGAAAAUUAAGGUACAAGAAAAAAAAAUAACACUCAGUCUGCACAGUCUGCAGGGUCUGCAGUCUGCAGUCUGCAGUCUGCAUGGUCUGCGUUUCAGCAUGACCGUAUUGAAUGAUGGUAAUUUGUAUCGCAAUAUAUAGAGAAUACUUCAUGGAAAGUGCUGGCGUACGGUAUUUACGCACGAGUUAUUGACGUAUCAGAAAUCGAACGAGUGAGCGCAGCUAACGAGUAAGAUUUCUGAUACAAAAACAACGAGUGCGUAAAUACCGUACAAAGCACUUUCCAUGUGGUAUUGUGUUUAUUAUAUACAUACUGAGACAUUCAUCAUUUUGGGGGCCUUUUUAUUUUACAUCUUUCAAAAGUGCUAAAAUUUGCCGCUACACACUUACCGCAAAAUGACAACGAAAACGAAGUAUCAGCAUUUUAGUAAAAACGUUUGUUAAAAACAUAAAUGACGGUGAGGAUAUGAGGUAAUCCAAGAACUAUAAUUAAUCUUAACUGUUUGUUCUCAAUGUACAAUUGAAAAUGAGUGAAUUUAAGUAAAAUGACCGGUUUCAAUAUAAGUUUAAGCUUAAAUGAAAGGCAAAGUAGGUCCGACAAAAAGCACAACAAAAGCUUACGUCUCGUUCUGUUUAUCCCUUUCCGCUGUUGUUUCCCCGGCUCUCUACCGUUUUCUUUAUCGACAGUGAAACAAACGAAACUAUUCUACUCCAUUUCCGAAAUCUUUUUCACUUUUCUAGCGAGAAAUACUCUUUGAGUACUAAAAAAACUUUUCUCGUUGAAUGUGUGCGAAGCGGCGCUGCAAGCUGCAAUAAAAGGCGGGAAUUUUGGCGCGAAACUCACACACCUCUGUGGCUUCUGAUUGGACGUAUCAUUUUUCUCACACGUGAAAAAACAUCGUUCGCGAUUCUGAUUGGACGUAUCAUUUUUUUCACGUGUGAAAACCAUCGUUCGCUCCUCUGAUUGGCUAGAACUAAUUUGCGUACGAAAAUUUACGACAUAGCUUUUUGGUGAGUAUUUCUCAGUAUGUAUAUAAUAAUCUGAAAUACUGCAUUCUGUUGUCCGAGGUCUGUAUGAUAAAAACAGUCCCUCAUAGUACUGUUUCACCUCAGAUGUGAUGUAUAAGUGACAAAAAAGCUUGGUUUACACGCACCCAGAUUUGUUGGCAAGAUUUUGUAAAGUAAACUUGUCGAACGCAAAAAAUUCGGCCGGAAUUUUUUUUCCAGGCCUAAUUAACGGUGAUCAAGAGCCAUUAUGGCUCUUAAUAUAAAUGUGAUCGAAGAUGAUUGCCAGUUUUUGGGUGUACUUAUGAGGCUAUCAACUCGAUGUGAGAUUUGGUUCACUCUUGGGCUGUUUGCAAAUCAUUUUUUGUAAAAUCACUUAGCCUUUCCCUGAAAAGUCACACGAAUGUGCUCUAAAGUUAAUUGAAUUGUGGAAUACAAGUUUAGUGUUUGAUUUAAAUUAUAAAUUUAUUAAUGGGAGCCUAGCUUUUAGCCCUGGCUAAAUCUAUAUAUUAUACAUUUAAAAAGGAGGACAAGAGAUUGAUAGUAUCUUCUAUGUUCGAGUGAUUGCAUGUUUACAGCAGACAAUAUGACAUCAUAAUUGAAGCUGUUUCCGAAAUUUAAGAGGGCUUUUAAAGCAUAAUAGUUUGCAGAUUCAAGUUUCUUGUUCAAAGUUUUGUUAAUCCCUAAUAGUAAUGGACUACAAUAUUCAAGGUGUGGAAGUAUAUAAGUUGUACAGCAUAAGUGAGAUGUUAGCAGGCACCAGCUUUCUAAGUCGUCUCAGAGCUCCAACCUUGGCAUAAACCUUCCUUAAAACAGUUGAUAGGUGGUCUUUAAAGGACAACUUAUCGUCUAUACGAACACCAAGAAUAUUGAAUAAAUUGAAUAGAAAAAAAAUAAGGGGAGGGGAAGGGGGAGAGGAAGGAAAGGAAACCUCUUUCCUUUCCCCCUCUACCUACUUCCAUUUUCUUUGUUCUGGCUUCGACUUUCGACUUUCGAAAGCGGAAACGCUUGCUACGCAGCCUAGCCGAAUCGGAGACGUUUCUCCCGCAAAAGGUCCCUACUACUGAGGAGCAAAGGGUUACGGCUGUAUCCGCAGGCUAAACCAAAUGCUGAUCUGAGAGUGUCUGUCCUCCGUUUUGUAAUAUGUUCCUGCAUUGGCAGAGUCAAAUGCGUUCAUUAUUCUGGUUUAUAGUCAUCUAAAUCUAAGCAAGGCUGAUUCCGGCAAAAUUAUGUUCCUCGUCCUCCUUUUUAGUUAGCUUGACGGACGGCCCACCUCUGUGGCCUGUGCAUACUCUCGCGUACUUUUAUCCCAGAAAAAUUGCGGCUCUUCGUUGCUACAUGUUUCGCGCACGAAUAGCUGGAUGAUGUCUGCAACAGAUCUAAACAAGUGGAACCAAUCGCUAUUUUCUCUUUCACCCAGAUGUUAUCUCGAAUGUGGUCACACAGUUUCUUUCCCCUGCGAUUGGGAAUGACAGCGACUGGGCGCUGUGUUGGCAGGCGUCCACUCAUGGCUGGGCUGCCAGUACCUUCCACAGCAGAUGUGAUGGGAAAAACCAUACGAUUACAAUCAUCAAAAAAGACGAGUACGUGUUCGGAGGAUACACUGAUAUUCCUUGGGGUAAGUGGGUUUUUGUCCCGGGGGGAUGGCUACUGUAUGAAAGAGUUGGAGAUACCCUUUGGAAAAUUAAAGUAAACUCUAGAGAGCUCUUCACUAGUAAAAUACUCCCAAGAAGAGGACAUACCUUAUAUCGCAUCACCAAAAAAAUGUGAAUGUAUUGAUCAUCACGUAGCGCGGUUCAAACUUGAUAGUUUAACCAAGGGGUUGAACCUUGGACGAACUCUUUGUGUUUACAAGACACUAUUUUCAGUAUUUUUGCACAUAUAGCUUAUAUACAAACGUAGCAAUCACUAUAACAUAUAUCAUUUUUUUUAUUCCUUGAUGAAUAUAUGGUGGCUUUCUUCGCACAAUUUGGCCUAUAUUUAUUCGAUAAAAGAGGUUACCAUCUAAUUUAAGUUUCUUUAAUUGUUUGUGCGCGUCUGAGGAAUUCAUCAUCUCCGAGUAAAUCUUACGCACAUACCUUUGGGGAUCAGAUUGUUUACAAAAGGUAUGAAUUUGAGUGUUCUUCGGCUGUGUCCUGAUCUGUUUAACUCAACAAGAAAGAAUCAAAGUGAUGAGAUAAAUUAACUCAUCACCAAGUGUACUUUUGUCUUUCCAAAAAUGUAGGGCUUUGUCCCAAUAACUGGAUUCAUCUACAAGGUUCAUGCUACAAAGUCUCGUUAAAGAGAUUGAACUGGACCGCCGCAAAAUCUACCUGUGAAGCUAUGGGGUCUAAGCUCGCCAUGGUGACAUCACAAGCCGAUCAACAAGCACUUGCAGCUUUGAAUUUAUCACAACGUGUAUGGAUUGGUUUGCGCAGAGACCCCAAGAAUAAAUCAGGCUGGUUUUGGGUUGAUGGAUCAAGAGCGACAUAUACCUACUGGGGUGAUGGCGAACCUAACAACGCAAAAGGAAAUGAGGAUUGCACACAAAUUAUUCCUCGUAAUGGAAAAUGGAAUGAUGAUCCUUGUUCCUUGACCCUGCAUUACGUUUGUGGCACCAAUGGUAGGUGACAGGACAAUUAUGUGCAUAAUAUACUUUGACGUUAUCUUAGUGCACGCAGUGCAUGACUCUAGGAAGCGUGCAAUGUAAACGCACUGGAUAAAUUACUUUCGAAAGGUUGAAAUAAUAUAUAUAAUUUGUACGGACUCUCUUGCCAGGAGAAGGGGUCUAGGUUCAGCAUGCUUCUCAUCUCCUGUAACGGAACCUCCCUUGCGGUUUCGCAGUGGAAUUUAAGGAUGGUUCUUAUGGUUGGGUACCGAUCCAGCCGUCUCAACCAAAACAAGCCAUUUUUCGGACCGGUUUCGACUUUACUGUCUUCUUCAGCGGAAUUUUACAGUUUCAGCUUGUACGGUCGCUUACGCGCCGUUGGACUUAUUGCAUUAACUAUGUGUCACAACUCCGACUUUAUAUACCAUAAAUUGACAAUUACGUGUGUAACGUGGGUAUGGAAUCAAUAGAUUGAUUAAUGAGUUGUACUUAUUUUCGCGCACAAUUCUUUGGCGUUUUUUGUGUUAACGUGGAAAACUUUAAAUCUAAAUGUCUCUCUGUCCUUACAAUUUGAGGCUAGCUUGUGCUUCUUUUGAAGUUUUUAGUUAAUUUGCUACUAGAGAACUGUUCUUCUCUGAUUAUUUUGGCGGUGAUGUCUUUACUCUUGCGCAAAAUUCUUUUACGUAUAUGACGUGGGUAUGUCAUCAAUUAAUUGUUUAAUGAAUAUCUUUUUCGAGAGCAAUUGUUUGGCGUUUUUGUGUUUAACGCAGAAAACUAUAAAUCUUAUUGUCUUUCCAACCCCACAUUUUGAGGCUUGCUUGUGCUGCUUGUGUCUUUCUACAAGCUUGCUUGCGCGCCACUAGAGAAUUUUUUGUUUCUGAUUUUAUUAGCGGUGGUGGCUUUAAUCCUGGGCAUAAUUCUAUUCUAUUUACGUAUAUGACGUCGGUGUGGCCUCAAUUAAUUGCUUAAACGAGUGGUGCUUCUUUUCGGGUACAGUUGUUUGGCGUGUCCUGUCUCUAACGCGAUAAACUGUGGGUCUUUCUAACCCGACAUUUUGAGACUUUCUUGUGCUGCUUGUGUAUUUCUGCCAAAUUGCUAGCCACUAGAGAAUUAUAUAGUUGAAACUGUUUGUCUCUGAUGUUAUUGGUGGUGCGGUGGCUCCAAUCUUGCGCGUGCUACCUUCUUCGUGUCAAGAACGCGCGAUUGUUAACGCAGAAGUCCAAGUGACUGGGUUUUCUCUUUUGCUGAAGUCUAACAGCUCCAUCUAGACAGGCGAUUAUAUAAUGCUUCCCAUCCCCUGUAACGGAACCUCCCUUGCGGUUUCGCAGUGGAAAUUAAGAAUGAUACUUAUGGUUGGGUACCGAUCCAGCCGUCUCACCCAAAACAAGCCAUUUUCCGGACCGGUUUCGACUUUACUGUCUUCUUCAGCGGAAUUUUACAAUUUCAGCUUGUCCGGUCGCUUACUCGCCGUUGGACUGAUUGUAUUAGGGAACUUAAGAUAGAGACGUUUUCGGGGCGACGGCAACUUCAACCGGACGUGACAUCAUCAUUUGUUGGAUAUUGCGCAUGCUCGUGCUCACCACCUUGCCGUCGUAGUCCCGUCGGCAACGUGAAACUGGUCUCUUUGGCGUUGUGGCGAAAACGUGAGUAUUUAACUUUCAUUUCAAUCAGGUUUGUUGCGUUUAGCAACCAACAUUUUGCAGAUUAUCGUUCUUAAAUUGUCCUUGUUUUCUUUGAGGCACAUUUCAAGCUCGAUUUCCAAGCUCUGUUAUCUAAACUUACAUCUUUGAAUGUUUCUAUGUUUUCAUGUCACAGGGUCAAGAUCCAACUUGGCAAACAGCCAACCGUAAGUGAGCUUGACAUGGGACAAAAUUUUCCCACGAGCCAAAUAAAAGUAUCCAGACAAAAAAUAUGAACUCCGAUAUUUCAAUUGUGUUUUUAGUUCGCUCUUUUCGUUAGAAUAUCGUAUAAAUGAAACGCAUUGAAAAUUAUAUAGAGUAGUACGUAAUAUCAUGUACUAACUCGGCGUGGGAAUACUGAAAUAAAGUUGUUGCCGUUGUUGGUGUUGUUGCAUGCAAGUAUUUCCCGGGAAUUAUUUCAAUACCAAACUAAGAAUACGGUUCCUUGGUAGCAUUUUAAAGUUUCUGUAAUUUGCAAGGCUUCGGCAAGCCUGUGGAGACCAUUUUUUUUCAACACGAAAUUCUGCCUUGAACUCAGCUGCAUCCCGCAUGUUUUUUAGCGUGAAAGGAUCGUAACUGUCCCGAGGAAAAUCGGGAUUUUUGGACUCAUAAUUUUCCCACAAAACGAGAAACUCUUCAUCCGAUACAUGUUGUCUGCAUAGCAAAUAUUUAUUCUCUUAAUUCUUUAUGUGAAGCCAUAUUUUCCUCUUCGGUAUUCUUCUAAUUAAAGGCGCCGUCCUUCUGAGUUCACUGCGAUCUUAAUGUUCUAUUUUUGACGGGGAGCGACGGCUGCCUUAGUUCCAGGCUUUCUCUGCCAGUCCGGUCGCCGUCGCCCCGAAAACGUCUCCAUCUUAAGUUCCCUAUUAACUAACACAAAAACGCCAAAUAAUUGCUCGCGAGAAAGAACUACUCAUUAAUAAAUUAAUUGAUGACAUACCCAAGUCAUUUACGUAAUAGAAUUUUGCGCAAGAGUAAAGACAUCACCGCCACAAUAAUCAGAGAAAAACAGCUCCCUAGUAGCAAUUAGGUUAAAACUUCAAAAGUCAGGGGCACCCAACGGCAAUUUUCGAGAAAAUAUCUGUUCGGAAGACGAUUUGAAAUCUAGAAUUUUCGGAGCAUUUGUUGUAAAAUUUCUUGCUUUCCUGCCUCUCCUAGGAUUUUCGAACAUCUACAAAAUGGUAUAAUUACCCAUUUUUAACGGAUUUUGACCCUAAAAAAGGCCACCUAGAAUUUUCGGGAGCCUUUUUCUUGCUGAAAUUUUCGAAAGUUUUUAUCCCUAUAAUUUUCGGAUCACUAGACUUUCAGCUAGGAAAUCCGAACAGAUGAAAAGUUUUUAGGGGAUAAAAAUAUGCCUGUAUCUACCGUUUGAAUACUAAAAUACGUUCAACAAUGCUAUGUUAAGUGGUUUUGAACCAUAUCCUCGUUUGGUGCCCCUGAAAAGUAGCACAUGCUAGCCUCAAAUUGUAAGGAUAGAGAGACAUUUAGAUUUAAAGUUUUCCGCGUUAACACAAAAAACGCCAAAGAAUUGUGCACGAUAAUAAGUACAACUCGUUAAUCAAUCUAUUGAUGCCAUACCCACGUCAUACACAUAAUUGUAAAUUUAUGGUAUAUAAAGAGUUGUGACACAUAGUUUGUGACACAUAAUGGACAUUAUUUCAACUUCCCUCCUUUCUGUGUAGCGUCAACUAGCUUUUAUAUCAAGGCAUUUUUAGGAUAAGAAGUACGCUGAAAACUCUGCGUGACAAAGAGCUCCGCGUGGCGGCUCACUCGUUUGCUGAGGAGGUCAGAUAUUAAACACAGAGUCGAAUUAGGUUGGAGAAAAUUUGGCAACCAUAAAAAUCGCAACUAUGGUAUGGAAGUCGUUUAGGCAAAUGACAAAGGCAUAUUCCGCAAAUUUAUUUAGCAACUAAAGCAGACGUAAAAGGACGAUUUUCUGAAACUGCGAAAACAAAUUUAGCAAAACAGACCGAAGUUAAAGCGAAUGACAAAAGACACUGAGAAAAUUUUGCUAAGCGUAUUAUAAGUAAGAGAGAUUUUCUCGGCAACUGCCAAAACGAUUGUUAACAAAAAGUUAAGCGUCAAUUAUUUAUCACCAUGCAAUGCAUAAAACAUUCUUGGCCUUUUCUCUUUGUAAGUUAGAAUUUUGUUAAAUUUGUUAUUGUUGCUAUUCUUGCGAUAUUUGUUACCCACUCUUUUUAGAUUAAACAAGGACACUUCUUGUUAGUUUUGCGUUUUUUUGCAAAAAAUUGGCGGACUUCUUCAGACCUUUCUUUGCCUUUUCUCUUUCUGAGUCUCUAAUUUUGUUAGAUUUGUUAUUCCCGCUAUUUUUGCGAUAUUUGCAGAGGAAAUGUCUCACAAAAUGUUAUUGUGAAUCAUUUUUUUGGCUAAAAUAGCGAAAAAAAAAAAAUGGCACGUAAAUUUUUGCGAUCUCCAAAUUUAGUAAGGGAGAGGACAGUCAAUUUAUGGCCAAUAGGCGGGCUGCAUCUACCCAUGUUUGUCCUCUGAAAAGAGCGCAAACAUUAACAAGGGUAACAAGUUUACCAUAAAAAAAUAAAAGCCAAGUAUAAAGCAAGUUAUGGACCGUACCAUUAAUGCAAAAUUAUAUGAAUAUCCCUACAAAGUUUCCCCACUAGUUUUGUCCUUUCCAGAGGCGCCCCUGGUACUUUCAUAUUUCGAUGAGAAGAUUGAGGGGUUUUUUGGCUAUUUACGUACACAAUCUGUAUUUAAUCAUCGAUCCCCCUUGGAGUUUUUCAGAUUGAAAUACAGAAUCGCAAGAGGCAGAUCAAUAUCUCACCUCUUUUUCAAUUGCAGCCGGUUGUUAAUCCUUGUUUUUCUCCCUUUUUAUUACUGUUAUUUAUAGCGCAUGGUUACAGUACCUCUUCCAAGUCGUUUGUUUUCUCUCUACUUGAUAAAGAAGGGCUUGCGCCAUUUAAGAGCAUGGUGACGAAUACAUCAUUUCCAAUUUACCGUGACCCAAGUUAUGGUCCAACAUUUGGUGGCGGGCAUGACAUCUACAUUGCUGAUAAUGCCAAUCAGAAUGCUAAUUCCUACGCUAAUUUUGGCACCUCUUACUCUCUUCCAAAUGGAAUUACCGACAGUUCAACAAUCCUGGCUGGGACCCGUUACUUUUCACCCGACGAGGUUGAGGUAUUUUAUCUCGCUUGA